GCGUUAAGGACGCCACGCCCUCGAUAUGCCUUUGGCGGAAGUCGCGUGGUGCAACCACCUCACCUGCAGCGGGUGGCGGCGGUGGCGGCCUUGGACGGAGUCAGGUUAGCCCCAUGGCUGGUACACGUGAUUCAAAUGAGACUUCCUAUUUGCUACCUCCAGACAGCAAGGACUGGGAAGGGCAUGGCAUUCCCGAUUUUGUCUACAGGCAGAAGGAACUUGUACCAGAAGGGAUUCAGUGGCCAAGGAAUGCACCCAGCCUCCUGGACACACUGCCACUGUCUCGCUUCGACUCUGCGCUCUGCUCGGCCUGGAGGCAGCGGAUGGAGCUGGGCCUGUUCCGUUACCACCUUGGGGAGCUGCAGACCCAAACCCUCCCUGGUGCUGUGGGGUUCGUUGCUCAGCUGAAUGUGGAGCGAGGUGUGCAGAGAAGGCGCCCCCAAAACAUCAGGAGCGUGAGGCAAGCGUUUGACCCGGAGCAGUUUAACUUCAACCAUAUCCGGCCAGGAGAAGUCCUCUUCCGCUUGCACCCAGCCCCGAUCCCCGGUGCCCUCCAGCAAGAGGAUAUCCUCGUGGUGAUCAACGUCAGCCCCCUGGAGUGGGGCCAUGUGCUGCUGGUGCCUGAGCCGGCGCGAGGACUCCCCCAGCGCCUGCUGCCAGGGGCUCUGCGGGCCGGGGUCGAGGCUGUGCUGCUGAGCUCACACCCGGGCUUCCGCGUGGGCUUCAACAGCCUGGGCGGCUUGGCCUCAGUGAACCACCUCCACCUGCAUGGCUAUUACCUGGCCCACAGACUGCCCGUGGAGGGGGCCCCAAGCGAACCCCUGGACCCCAAGGGCCGACUACAUCUGCUCCAGGCGCCCCCAGCUCCUGGCUUCCUCUUUUACACAAGCGGGCCAGGGCCCAGCUUGGAAGCCUUGAUAAGCCGGGUAUGUCGGGCCACUGACUACCUGACUGACCAUGACAUUGCCCAUAACUUGUUUGUGACGCGGGGGAGCCCCCCUGGAAAGACAUCAUCUUCCUCAACCCUCACAGGGGUCCGAGUAAUUCUGUGGGCCCGGAAGUCCAGCUUUGGGAUAAAGGAUGGUGAGGCAUUCAACGUUGCCCUCUGUGAGCUGGCAGGGCACCUCCCUGUCAAAACAUCCCAGGACUUCAGCAGCCUGACAGAGGCAGCGGCUCUGGCCAUCAUCCAAGACUGUCUGCUGCCCCCAGCUCAGGCAGAAGAGGUGCAGUCAGCACUGGUGGCCUUGACAGCCCAGGAGGAGCCAUAAUCCUUGCAGAAGUAUUUAUUUUGGUUCUUUGGGAGGGGAGCAUCCUUUUUGUUAAUUGUUUUGUUGGCUUGGCAGUGCCCACAACAUAUGGAAGUACCUGGGCUAGGUAUAGAACCUGCAUCACAGUGACCCAAGCCACAGCAGUGACAAACCAGAUCCCUAACCCACUGAGCCAUCGGGGAACUCCCCAGAAGUAUUUAUUUUGUUACUGAUCUAAGUCUUUUUCCGGAGAGCUGUCCAUCAUGAUCAUGUGGGCACUUGUACUAAUGCCUUCUCACCUGUCUUGGUUGAAGGGGAAGGAUAAAGAACUGGGAAGUGGUCUCUUUAAAGAGGAGGAACAUUGAGAGUUCCCGUUGUGGUGCAGUGGUUAAUGAAUCCUACCAGAAACCAUGAGGUUGCGGUUCAAUCCCUGGCCUUGCUCAGUGGGUUAAGGAUCCAGCGUUGCCGUGAGCUGUGGUGUAGGUCACAGACUCGGCUCGGAUCACGCGUUGCCAUGGCUCUGGCGUAGGCUGGCGGCUGCAGCUCCGAUUGGACCCCUAGUCCAGGAACCUCCAUAUGCCACGGGAGUGGCCCAAGAAAUGGCAAAAAGACCACCAAAAAAAAAAAAAAGAGGAGGAACCUUGGAAUAAAUGAAAUGAAAGAGC